AUCACACACACACACACACACACACACACACACACACACACACACACACACACACACACACACACACACACACACACACACACACACAUACCCUACAGGAAACAGACUGUAUUUGACAGACUACGAACACUACGACUGAUCAAACUAUUAUCACUAUUAACACUAAGUAAUCAGGACUAACUAAUAAUCAUCAUGGUGUAUUGGUGGAGUUUGUCAGCUGAAACAUGGGCUCUGAUCCUGAUCCUCAUCAGUCUCCUCCUGCUGUAUGGGUACUGGCCGUACAGUCUCUUUAAGCGUUUGGGAGUUCCUGGUCCUAAACCGAUACCAUUUUUAGGAACCAUGUUAGAAUAUCGUAAGGGAAUGAUUAAUUUUGAUGUGGAGUGUUUUCAGAAGUACGGCAAGAUUUGGGGUAUAUAUGACGUGAGACAGCCGGUCCUCUGUGUCAUGGACACAGAGAUCAUCAAAUCUGUCAUGAUUAAAGAGUGUUACUCUCUGUUCACCAACCGCAGAAAUUUCUUUAAAAACGGUCCUCUGUACGACGCAUUGACCGUCGUCGAGGACGAGGACUGGAAGAGAAUCAGGAGCGUACUUUCUCCAUCGUUCACCAGCGGCAGACUGAAGGAGUAUAUACACACUCACCAUUUUACACUGGGGCACAGGGUCGUUACUUUAGUGUUGUCACAUGAAAAGAUGUUUGGAAUCAUGAAGUCACAUUCACACUCGUUGGUUAAAAAUCUGCAGAAGGUGUCUGAGCGAGGAGAAUCAGCAGAUAUUAAAGAGUUUUUUGGAGCCUACAGUAUGGAUGUGGUGACGAGCACAGCGUUUAGUGUCGAUAUCGACUCCCUGAACAACCCCAAAGAUCCGUUCGUCACCAACAUCAAGAAAAUGCUGAAUUUUAACUUCUUGCACCCUCUGUUAAUCGCUGGCGCAAUGUUCCCCUUUAUCGCACCGGUGUUGGAGAAAAUGGAUUUUGGCUUUUUCCCGAUUGCAGUGACGGAUUUCUUUUAUGCCUCGCUGCAAAAGAUCAAGUCUGAACGUGUGGCCCAGAAUAAUAAGAAACGAGUGGAUUUCAUGCAGCUGAUGAUCGAUUCUCAGAAAUCGGACAAAAACGAGCUGAACAGCAAAGACACCAACAAAGGUCUAAAUGAUCAUGAGAUUCUGUCCCAGUCCAUGAUCUUCGUCUUUGGCGGUUAUGAGACGAGCAGCAGCGCUCUGUCGUUUCUUUUUUACAAUCUGGCCAGAUAUCCAGAGACAACGAAAAAACUCCAAAAAGAAAUUGAUGAAAUCUUCCCUAAUAAGGCUGAAGUUGAUUAUGAUGCAGUGAUGAACAUGGAUUAUUUGGAUGCCACAUUGAGCGAGUCACUGAGGUUGUACCCUGUCAUUUUUCACCUGGAAAGAGUCUGCAAGAAAACUGUUGAAAUAAAUGGCCUUACCAUCCCAAAGGACACUGUAGUCUUGAUCCCCACUUAUAACUUACACAGGGACCCUGAAUUUUGGCCUGAUCCAGAGACCUUCAACCCUGAGAGGUUCACUAAGGAGAACAAGAAGAGCAUCGAGCAGUAUGCAUACAUGCCGUUUGGUUUAGGACCCAGGAACUGCAUCGGCAUGAGAUUUGCCCUCGUGGCCAUGAAGCUGGCUAUUGUGGAGAUACUGCAGAGAUUCGACAUCAGUCUUUCUGAAGAGACAAAGGUUCCUCUGAAGAUGAAGAACGGUGGUUUUUUGAUUUCUGAAGAGCCCAUCAAAAUCAUAUUCACACCUCGGAAAAUGUAAAACUCCUGCAAGAGCAGCCACAUUAACACACAGGCUUUAAUAUGUUCUGCUGGUGUGUAGAAGACAUGACAGUUUAACCCCUUACUAUCCACAAACCUAACAGUAAUGUUUACUUUCACAGUGUUUAAGCUCAUUAUCACAUGAUCCUUUAAUCAUAUCAGUGUUUAUUGUUAAAUUCACAUGUAGCAUCUUUCUCUUUUGCAGUUCUGGUUGCAUCUGUUCUGUAAUAUAAAAAGAAGAUGUUUGAGUCUAAAGUGUUGAUCAGCUAUAAUGUUUAUUGGGAAAUUAAAAAAAAAACACCGUGGUUCAGAUGAAGGUCCAUAUUAUAUCCUGUUGUUAAACUACGAAGCCGAGUGUAACAGAGCGUGGCAGUGUGUAUUGUUUUCUCCUCACAGCAAUUCACUAUGAAACUGUGAAAUUAAAGAAGACACUAGAGUUGGCUGUCGGAUUAAACUCUGAAACUGGGAGAGAAAAGCUUUGGUCAGGGAAGUGAACAAGAACCUGGUGCUCACUCAAAAGGUCUUCAGAACUCCAGAACUGAUGAAAUGUUUUUAGGAGCCGACCACAGAAAGAUCCUCGAAGAACCUGCUUGUUUGACAUUGCAGCUAUUUCACCAGCUUCAUCUCAUCGUGUCUCAUCACAGCAGCUGCAUCCCUUAAAGGGGUUUAUAUGAAGGAAUGCAUUCAGAAAAUAAAACUUUUGUUGUCAUUAUUAUAAUAAUAAUAAUAAUAAUAAAUGUUUUUGGAUUAUAUUCUUUUAA